UAUCGAGAUCUCGACUGUUUAUUUAUAUUGUUUUUCGACGGAUUUUUUUGCCAGUUUCCUGCGGUUGCUAAGUUUUUUUUAGAUAUUUCAUGUAAUUAUCUGGCCCAAUAACUGUAUUCUUAGCGGAAAUCACAUUGCUCUUAGAUUGAGAGCCGUGUCAACAAAAACAAUCUUUGGAUUUAAAACGAGGAACACUACAAGCCGCAUUUGAAAUCGGAAGGAACUUUUAGAAGUGGUUAGACAACUGAAGAAGACAACAAGAAACAUCAAGUUCAAACUUUGAAGAAGCUUGGCCGUUUGGUACUUAUAUAAGCGAGAAAUUUGAAAUGGUGUACCAAAUAGCUUUCUCUCGAGGAGAAAAUCAAUUUAUUCUACGCUGGUUUGCCUCGUAAAUCUCUGUCCACGUGUGAUAAUGAGUUCCGUUGCAGUUCAAGUUAUGCCGUCGGUAACGAAUUUUUCGAAAGAUUCGCUUAUCACGAACAAACUAGCGUCAGAUCUCGAUGCCAAGCUUGUUUCGUCCUCAAAAAAGGUUCUGCUUCAACGAAUUGAAUUCAAACCGGCUUCUAAACCUGAUGAACAAUACGAGAAUCUGAGGAAGAAAUAUGUUCCGGCAAAUUCUCCGUCAACAAAUCACGCAAACGGCCAUUGCAAGGAACAGUUGCGAUCUCCGGAUAAGAAUUCAAACGAGGAGAUGCCCUCGCCAAAGGUGAUUUUAUUUCCUGUGGAAAAAGUUGAGUUAUACUGGAAGCAGGUUCGAAGAGUUGGGCCAGGAUUGAGCAACAUGGGAAAUACAUGUUUCUUGAAUUCCGUUCUCCAAGUUCUCACCUACACUGCACCAUUGGUGAAUUAUCUGGCGUCGAAAGCCCACAGCGAAAAAUGUCGUUCAGUUGGUUUUUGUAUGCUGUGUGAAUUACAAAAACACAUUGUGCGAAGUUUUGGUCACCAUCAAGGAGAAGCAAUCAAACCAAUGGCAAUCAUUCAAAAACUCAAAUUCAUUGCCAAACAUUUAAGAUUUGGACAUCAGGAGGAUGCACAUGAGUUUUUGAGAUAUGUAAUUGACGGCAUGCAGAAGAGCUGCCUGGCAGCUGAUGGCUACACAGAAAAACUCGACAGAAUGUCGAAACAAACAACAAUGGUGCACCAGGUGUUUGGAGGUUACUACAGAAGCCAAGUUUGCUGUUUAAAAUGCAAGAACAACUCAAACACAUUUGAUCCACUCAUGGAUAUUAUGUUGGAUAUCAAGCAUGUGCCUUCAGUGGAAAAAGCUCUUCAGCGAUCUGUCAAACUGGAGUUACUGGAUGGGGAGAACCUUUACAUGUGUCCAAGAUGCAAAAGAAAGGUCCCUGCCCACAAACAGUUCCUGAUUCAUCGUGCACCAAACAUUUUAACUUUGCAACUCAAAAGGUUUGACUACAAUCAGAGUUUUGGAGGAAAAAUAUCAAAACAUGUUGAGUACGCAGAAUAUCUGAACCUAAGACCUUUUAUGACAUCCCAGGGUCCACCUAUAAAGUACCGUUUAUACUCUGUACUGGUGCAUUCUGGGUACUCUUCAAACUCUGGUCACUACUAUUGCUACGUCAGAGCUUCUAAUGGCACUUGGUACCAGAUGAAUGAUUCUAUGGUCAGACAAGUUGCACUGAAAGCAGUUCUCUCUCAACAAGCAUAUCUGUUGUUUUACAUCAAACAGACUUCCAAACAGGAAUUAAAGUCCCCUCUGACCUCGCCGAAGACUGUUUCUAUACAAAGAACUUCUGCUAUUCCAAGAGACAAUUUGCCAAAAGUCAUCCAAUCAAAUGAUGUUGGUACUCCUGUCAAAUCUGGAAUAACUUUUCAUAGACAGUCAUCAUCAACCUCUACAGUCACCAAGCCGUCAGCUACACCAACAUCAAACCACGCCCCGUCCGUACCCCUGGCACCUCCAUCACAGAGACCCAAGUUUACGUUCAACAUCUCUCCUGGUAAUAAAGGAAACAAGACAGAAUCAAGCACAGCUAAACACGAGGGAAAGGAGAAAUAUGACAAGAAUGGACUGAAGGAAAAAUUUAUUAACCCUGGCACUGAAAGCCUUUCUUCUGAGACCAAAUCUCCAAUCUCUUCGUUGAGCAAAUUUUCGGAGACUCUUUCAAAGCCUGAUACUUCAAAAUCUCCAGGCAAGUUAGACGGCUCUUCAGUUGAGGUAAAAGGUCAAGCUUUGGGAGGCCAGAAAGAUAAAAUCAAGGAAACCUCAGACGAAGGUCUCCCACUGAGGAAGGAAAAUAAAGAAAAAAAGCUAUCUCCUAAGAAACCUCGUCCGCCACCGUUGUUUAUCCCCAGGCCACUAGUCCAAGGGAAAGGAAUUCCCAGCCAUACACCAAAAUCUACCACUCCAUGGACAGUCACACCAAAGACAACUUCAGAACCACCGUUUGGCCCCAUGUCACCUCCUCCUCCUGGAGUCGCUCCACCCCAGCCUUCCCCGUCAUCAGCCAUAUCAGACACAAGCAGCACCUCUAGCAUGAUGGGUAAAACUGGCGAGUGGACUGUGUCUGAUAAGACAGCCCUUACACCAGGACCCAGGCUCCCAGAGAGGCAGCAUGCAGGGUGGCAAGUUUCAAAGAAAUUUGAGGUGGAGAAAAAGGAAUCGCAGAUUCUACAGAAAGAGGAAAAUAGUGGCAAGAUUGACGAAGAGAGCGACAAGAAGAAAAAGAGGAAAAAACAUAAGAAAGAAAAGAAGAUGAAAAAGGAGAGAAAGGAAAAGAGCAAGAAAAAGCAUAAGAAGCUAAGUGCAUUACUUGAUGAUGACGAGGUGGAUAAAAAGGAAACAAGGAAGAGAAAACAGAAAAAGGCUGCAGAAAAAGAUGCGAAUGAACCGAGCCAACAAAGGAAAUCAGUAGAAAAGUCUAAAAGCAAAAAACACAAAAUUAAAUGCCGCGAAGGCGACGUCUCUCCAAGUAAGAAACCCAAGUUGGUUUGCUAUGAUGACAGCAGCUCUGGUUCAGAGAGUGAGAAGCUCAACCGUGGCCGAGAAGCUGGGAAAUCUGCAAAUGUAGACUUCAGGAGAACUACGACUGAGUCCAGAGUUCCGGUUAUUCACGAGGAUGAACCAAGGAAAACAAACGCUACACGUAGAGCAACCUGGGAUGGUUCACGUGAUUCAUCAACCGUAGCUCAGUUGCUAAGCAGCAGUAAAGGUCUCCAUGGUUAUGGCAGUUCAGUGACGUCAUGGGAUGGCGGCGAAAACACUGUAGAUAGAAGUGGCGGGAAAUCAGACAGGAAACGACAGCGACAAGACCCGUGGGACGAAGAUUACGACCGAGGAAAAGUAAAGAAGGUCAAGAACAGCAGAGAUACAAGCGCAAGACGUUUUAAUGGUAAUCCAUUUCAGCGAGAACAUGACAAACGAAAGUCUAAACAGGAAUCCAAGGAACGUUUUUCAAAGCCGUUUUCUAAACAUCGCCAUUCCCGCCAGAAUCACUUCAGUAAAUCGCAUUCAUCCCGAAAGUACCAGAGAUUGUCCACUUGAGAGGAGUCGUCGGGACAGGUUGUAGUGAAGAUCAUUUGUCUGGGGGGAGGGGGUUAGGGGUGGGGUUGGUAAGAGAAGAAAAACCAAGCAAGAUUGUAAACUGGGAGACAUGGCCGCUGUUUCGCUUCUGGGUCUUAGUAAAAAAAUUUUUACUUCUUUCACUUAGAGAAACAUUGUCAUUUAGCAAUCGAUGGCUUAUCACCUUCAUUUGUCUUCGAAGAUCUGCCAGUAUAAGAACUUAUCUUACUGUUUGUAUAAAAUCCCAAAUUUUAAAUAAGGAUAAAUGAUACAAACUUACUUCAUAUUGCACGAAGUUUAUUUUAUUGUUAUAGUGUCGCAAAGCACCACAUUUCUUUUACCUGUUGUAACUUGGUCCUAAUGGCAGUGUCAACUACAAUGAAACCAGUCUUCUAUCAAAAUUUAUUAUAUCGUUGCUUGUUGUACAAGACUUCUUCAUAUUAAUUUACAAUUUGAAUGCAUAGUGGAAUUACAGAUUGUUCGUAUGAUCAGAGGAAAUUGGUCCAAUAAAGCGUCUUUAGAAAAUGCGGGCAUUUUUAUCGACAUUAUCUGAAACAUAGCUCUAAUCGUGAUAUAAAUUUGCGCUCCUUUGUAAAUACAUAAAGUCUAUCCGGAUCGAGACUCGCCGUUAAUUUUCCCAUAACGGGAGAAUUUUGAGAUUAGCCGUAGUUUGAAUAAAGCAAUUUUGAAUUGAGUGUCGAAAGUUUUCUGGGAUUGCUUUUACCUACUUUGCUCUGUGAUUGGUCCAGAAAACUUGCGCCAUCGAUCCUCUCAGCCAAUCAGAUUCAAAACAAAGAAAACCAUCGCGACUUGGCCAUUUGCGUUUUCCCACGCUUCAGGUGGAUUGCUUGAUUUCACUUUGAGUUCUCAUUGGCGAACGAUCAUGUAGACCUUUGUUCAGACUGGUCGCUACGAUUACUUUGGUUUUUCGACACUCAAUUGAAAACACUGUCCAAUAACAUUCUUAUUUCGUAGCAAGGGAACACUUUUUCCAAAUCGGAUGUUAAGAGUAACGUUUCUCUUUACCACUGAUAAACAGAACUAAUUUCGUUGCAAAUCAAAUUCAAGGCCGCAUACGUUAGUGCUUUGGGAAAUCAAUAAACAAAACUUUUGCAAAGA